CUAGACGAUGUUAUAUUCUAUCCUCUCUACGCUAUCUCUGUUCUCUAUCUUGAUGUUUCUCUAAAUUGCAAUGUCUCGAGGAACAGAAAAGCUAGUCAAGAGCUUGAAGAAGUUUGCUGAUAUUCAGUACAAGCUCUUCACAACUCGCUAUGGCCAACAACUCAUUGACAUUUUCGACUUCCCCAUUAAGCUUGUUCUCUCUCCUUUUACUCUCGCUAUCGACAUUGCCGGCUCUGCUCCACGUGGCUUUGGUGUCCCUGAGCUACUCUCCAAGCUCUCUUACGCUUCAAUUUUUGCUGUAGCUACUCUGGGGACUUAUGACAUAGCAUGGGAUCUGGGAAAAAAAGUGAUUUGUCAGAGGAACUGUGAAACCUGCAACGGAUGGCAGGCACUGCGUUGCACUCUGUGCAGAGGAUCAGGGAGGGUGCAAUAUCAAGUAAAAAAUUACCAAUUGAAAAGUGGUGAGAAGGCGACGGCUGAAUGCAUUGCAGAUGCAAUUGCUGAUAAUCGGGCUGAGUUGAUUCACCUUCCGUCCACUGUCGAUCUCCAUGCACCAUUACCUACUAAAGAUUGCCCAACCUGUGAUGGGACGGGUGUAAUGAGUUGUCCAGAAUGCAAACACAAAUUACAAGUCAGGAUCUCUGCAGAUGAUAUAAUGGAACCUCCUUGGAAAGCCUACAAUGUUAUGAAAAAGAUGGACUAUCCCUUUGAGCAUAUAGUUCAUAGCAUGAAAGAUCCCAGUAUUGCUGCAUUUUGGUUGUUUACCUUGCCUGAGGUCGUGGGUGGUUUUGAGUAUGAUGAGAAUAUCAAGAAGAAAAUUUGGUGGCAAUACAAGGAAUCCAUGCGAUAUGAUCAACUUCGUGAUGUUGUGGCUAAGAGAAAGCCUGGAUGGGAGUACUUGCAGGAGGCAUUAAUCUCUAUAGAUCCUGCUCGUGCCAGGGAGGAUCCUGUUAUAGUGAAAAAUGUUCCAUACUACAAAGCCAAGAAGACACUUGAAGCAGAAGUAAUGAAUUUCAUACCUCCACAAAGGCCAAAAAAUUGGGGGUCGCAGGAGCUGGACCUUCCUUUGAAUGCCUCUUCGUGGAGCAAGGAGGACCUUAAAGAUCCUGAAAAGUUUUAUGAGAUGACCAUCCUUCUUAAUGCCCAAAGAGAACUUGCUGAUAAGAUUUUGGAUGCUCAGUGGGAAAACAAAUGGCGCCAAGAAAAGUUGAAUGAGUUGUUGGAGGAGAAGGUGCGGCCAUAUGUACGAAACAUUGAUAACACUAUCCUUUCUCAACCUGUUAUACUGAAGUCUCAAGAUAAGAAUCAGAAGAGUACACGUCGGCAGCGUAGAUGGUGGUUUUUUUGAAGGUGAAUGCUUCGAGGCGAUUAAAAAUGGUGCUAGUAAUAUUUUUGGUUGAUUGUAUCCAAGUUUAUACAUAUGUUUUACUUGGGGCUUAAUAUCUUGCACUAGUUUUAGUUUAUAGUUUAUACCAUAAAACAAGUCACAAUGUGGUAUUCUUUUUAAGCAGAAAAUUAUAUAAUUAUUGUAAUAAUUUUGUUAUGAAAUGAUAGUUUUUAUCAUAAUGUCUUGUUUUUGUAACAACAAGAACAAGAAAUUGAACCCAGAAAGGAAGAUUAUUUUCACAUUGUGAGCACCCAGAAAUUGAACUUUGUGUCAAGUGCAUAGGCUGGAUAAAUAUGAUAUCAAAUUUAUGAAUGAAAUUUUAUUCUAAACAAUUUGAAUUAUUCAUUCACAUUUCAUUGGUACAAACUACAAAGUAUAAUAAGCAUUAACAUAUAUUUCCGUAUAAAAUAUAUUCUUCACAUAAUAAAGAAAAUAAAUAAUGAAAGAAGGUUCACUUAGUAAAUUUAACAUCUGGAUUCCUAAUAGACUUGAGCCACAUAUCAGCCAUGACACGAGCGGAGAUGCUCCACAAGAGGUCUUGAGCUUUGGACGACGCACUCUGCUUCGUCUUCUUCCCUGCUUUUCCCAUUCCGUACGAUACAAGCCACUGCAUGCCUGUCAGCCUCUGCUUCUCACUGUCCCAAACGCUCCUCUUUCCUCUGUUUCUCACCUUCACCCCUCCCACAUGGAGGCUUGUCAACUUGAAUCUCUUCUCUUCCUCUUCUUCCUCCUCUUCUUCUGGAGCUGGGUUCGCGUAUAUUAGAGCUAUCAUGGGUCCUCCCACUGCCUCGUAUCGCCUAAUGGGAUCCCUCAGUUGAAUCCCCACCGCCAUUGCCAGCGUUUCUGAACCUUUGGAGUGUCUACUGUAAUCUUCCAAUGGAACGGAAGAGGAAAUGGGAUGAGUGCGUUUAGUGUUUGGAAUAAUUAGUGGUGAAACGUCGAAUGGGGCUUCUUCUUCUGUCAUUUCCGCUUGGAUUUUGAGAGCUUCCAUCGCCAUGACCUCUAUCUUCUGAAGCGAGAACGCAAGGAUCUCCUCUGGUGUCAUUGAAUUCUCGCUUAGGCUCCAAAUUCCAGUCGAGAUCCUCUCUUUCCGCCCGGAAUUCAUAGCUGUCGCCAUUAUUUUGACUCCUGCAACCGUCCGAGCCGCGGUCGAGCUUGCGCCUUCUUUGUUCCUGCCAUGGAUGAUCGCUGAAGCUAUGCCUUCGAACGCCACCUGUUCGGCAGUUUUACCCAUCAGUUCGUCCAUGGACAUCAAGCCCUGAAUUUUCGAAGUUAGUUCGUCGAGCUCCAUGGCUGCCAUUGUUUGAAAGAACUCGAACCCACUCAAGGGCUCAUUCUCAUUCAACGGAAUCACAAACGGUCUUGAGAUUUGCAUAGCCAAUUUGGGGGUCUCCUUCCUUGAUAUUUCAGUAUCUAGAGGAUUCAUGGCGGCCAAGUAUCCGCCAUCCCUGGUUUGGAUUAUACAGCCCAAGUUCUUCCCAAGGUCCGGGAGGUAAGCUUUCGAUGAUUCUUUUUCUUCAGAUUCCUCUGCUCCUUCGAGUUGCAUAGUAGGAAUAUCUUCUUGCUUGAAUUUAUAUUCAUUAGUUUCUUCCGCCUCAAGCAUUUGAAGAAACUCUCUUGUCACCUUAUCUUCGUCUUCGUCUAAUCUCUGCGACUCAGUAUCUUCAUCUAUAUGUGCUGACUUAUGGUCGUCUCCCAUCAUGGAUUCAAGAGCUUUUAUCUGCUGCGCAAUGGAAUCUAGCUCUGACAAUCUUUUAGUAUGAACUUGAUCGUGAACAAUUUCCUUUACAACUUCAUUUCCAGCUAAUGUUUCUCCAAUAGACUUCACUGAAUCCCUUUCCUUUUCUUCUUCAUCUUCCUCCGCAGUAUUCUUUUUAGUCUCUUGGAAUUCAAUUCCCUUAUCAACUACUUCAAAAUCUGGAAUAUCAAGGUCUUCUGCUUUGCUGUCUGGUUCUUUUGGCUUAUUCUCAGCUCUUGAUGUUGAUGGUACUGGAGCUGGAGCUGGUUCAUCGAGGUUCAAGUCAUCAAUGCCAUGAAGAUCAUUAGGUGUUGUUCCAAUCUGUGAAGGUGUCCACGCAUCUUUUCUGCUAGAUAAUUUUGGGCUUGGAACACUAAACGACAUCUUCGAUUGCUUUCGGGCAAAUGAAGUGGAUGAUAAGUACUUGGACUUGUUCUUGGGUUCCUCAGCUUGACUGUAAAUCCCAGUUCCUCCGUCCUUUUCCAUGAUUUGAAAUCCAAGUUUCAAUACGAGCUCGCCUCCUUUAGCCUUUCCCAAAAGAUUGAAACUUGUGUCCCAUUGUCGAACUCGAGCUCCUUCAUGGCUCUUAUCAAUAGAUUCUUGAAUCAGUUCCCUUAAAUCCACUGAACUCCGGCCAAAAUCAAGCUCUGGCGCAUCAACUGCUAGUGCAUAUAUCCAAAACGGACGAGGCUCAAACUUGAGUUGCUUUCCACUACCCUGGUUGGAAUAAACAUUGCACCUAAUAAACAAGGUCUCUUCGAAAUCAGCAGCCCCCUGUGAGACCCUCGAUGGCAUUGUUUGAACUGACCCGUCUUUCGUUUCCUUCUUUCUAACACAUACAGAGAGCCGGAGACCAUUCAUUGAAGCUGGAAGGUUUUGGGCUGUGACUACUUCUACAGAAAACAAACAACUUAUUUUCUGCAUUCCAAUAUGGGAAAGUGCACGAAUUGGUUUCCAGUUCCAAAGCCCCUUUUUCUCUUCUGAACUAGGCUUUUCUUCCAACUUCUUGAACUCUCUUUGAUUCGAUCCCCUAGCAGGCUGACUCUCUGUCUGAUCACCUCCUUCGUCAAGCUUUGGACGAGACCGCCAUGGGGACAAAGACAGGCGUCUGCGAAGAGGUUUAUUGUUGACUUUAACGGCCUCAGUUUUGGCUGCAACUCCAGCACUAGGGACGAUCUCAUCAUUGGAUGAUAUCGGAGGAAUCGAGCUUCGAGGAAGGGCAAGGGAGGCUGUUCUUCGAGUGACAGCAGCAGUGUGAGACUGAUAGAGAGAUUGACUGAGUGCUUCGAGCUCCUCUAGUAGCUGAGUAUUGGAAGCCCGCCGGCUUCCCGUACUUUCAUCUGCCAUUAUUGAAGAGAAAGAGUAAGGAGAACUGUGAGAAUAAUGGUACUAACACAAUGGCAUGACAUCAGGGCUGAAAUGAUAAGGAAUUUACUUGAGAAAGAAGGAAUUGAUGAUAAGGGGUUGACGUGGUUGAGAGUGAAGGGUUUCUGAGGUGGAGAAACUGCCAUGAAUAUGAACAUUUGUGGUAGUUGCUGGUCCUUCUAUAGCCACUUAAAAUUCUUGAAGGAUAGGGCAAACUUUGUAUACACCCUUCUCUCUCUUCUUUUUUCGAUGAAAGAGACAGAAUUGGGAACUAUAAGCCCACAAUUUGGUCCCAGCAAAAUAAAUGCAUCUUUUGUUUUACUUAUAACACAACUCUACCACUGCUUGCUUCUUUUUCCAUUCUGUGCCCCUCAACUCAAUCCAAACCUUGCAACCUUUCCAAUUAACAAAACGAAAUUUCUCAAAGAGUUCUUGUUGUUAUAUAAGCUUUAUACUUCAUUUUUCUUUAAGAUAAAUGGGUUUUAAAUUUUUCUUUUCUUUUCUAUAGGUAUAAUUGGUGAUCUAAGAAUAAUUAACUGUUUUGAUUUAGAUAUUGGAAUUAUUAUUAUUCUGUGGUUGGCAUAGUAAUUAGUACUCAAUGAUUGGUCUUGAAGUGCAGGAACUGUGAAACCUGCAAUGGAUGGCAGGCAUUGCGGUGCACUCUGUUCAGAGGAUCAGCGAGGGUGCAAUAUCAAGGGAAAAAUUACCAAUGGAAAAAGAAAAUUCUUUUCCAUAUAGCUUUCACUUUUAUAGGUGUGGAGUCACUGGAGUGUAGACCAUGUAAUUUUAUGAGCCAAGUAUGUUUUCUUCUUCAAUGACAAGAUGGUAGUUAUUUCUCUAUUAAAAGCUCAUUCUGUGGUGCGGAGUUUUUAUUUAGCACAUUAAAUCCCAUGCAUAUUAUUAAAAGUUUCAGCUAACAGUAGAUUUAAUUAAAAUUUGGUGAAUCAAGUGGGUACUUGAGUAUGGGAUUUUGGCUCAUGUUCAAAUUUGUCCAAUGAAAAUUAAAGCCAAACGUAUUUAUGGCCCAUCUGCAGCCUUACCCAAUAUCUGAUAUUGAGAUACCCUGCGUCAUGUUUUCAGAGCAUACCAAUUAUAAUCUAGUAUAUUUCCAUCCCCUAUUUAUUCUCAUGCAGUGGUGAGAAGGCAACAGCUGAAUGCAUUGCAGAUGCAAUGGCUGAUAAUCGGGCUGGGUUGAAUCACCUUCCAUCCAUCCACCGUCGAUUCGAUCUCCAUGUACCAUUACCAUCUAAAGAUUGUCCAACCUGUGAUGAGACGGUUAGUGUCUAAUAGUUUAUGCAUGAUGAAUAACCAUAUGACUUCCCAAAAUACUUUACUGUUUUAAAAAAUAUUAUGUACUUACUUUACUUACCUAUUCAGUAUUUCUCUUAGUAAUAGUUCUGAGUACUGGUUUUGCCCCUGAUAUGAAAUGCAUUUUUGAUUUUUAAUUUUA